ACCCCUUCCAGUUCCGUUCCGUUCCCUUUCCGAUUUCGUUCUUGCUUCUGACUUCCAGCGGAACAGUUGCGGGAACUGUUGUUGGAUGCCUGUCUGCCUGCUGUAGCAGCUUUUCCACACAAGUGCGAGAGAUACCAAAAACCGAGCGGAGCGUUUUCGCUCAUUCGGUGUAGGCGCUCUGCUCUAUCUUUCUCUCUCUCUCUCAGUUUUUAUUUUACUUCGUUUUUCUCUGUGGGCUGCCUGCGCGCUGCAUUUGACCGCGACUCAGUAGCAAAGGAAAAUCCAUUUUCCAUUUUUCUAGACGCGGACACAGGCUCUGAGUAUCGUGUGCGGCGGACGUCCUUGUCCUUCGUGCGUCGUUUGCUCGCGCUGGCUGACGGUUUUUGAAAUUUUUGUGCGUGUUAAGUGCAACAAAAAAAUUAUAAGAAUACGUGGAAAACGAAUCGAAUCGAGAUUCUUCGAAUGAAGAGGAAGGCCAUCCACAAAAAACCAAAACCAAAAGCAAAAGCAAAUGGGAGAAGCAGCGCAAUAAGGCAGAAAAAAUACUUUGCCUGUGUGUGCAAAAGUCUUCAGCUGCACACGCCGCCCCCUGCUCCAGAGGCGCCUGGCAGAGGCAAGUGGCACCUGGCGAGAGGAGGCCCUAGGAGACAUCAUCGAGCACCAGCCGCCGUCACGCGGAGGCCAUGGAAACGUACUCUGGAUGAAUGGAGGCCCACUGAACAUUUCUGAGGAGAGGAGCAGGAGCAGGAGCAGGAACCGAAAGGAACCGAAAGAAACCGAAAGGAACCGGAGUCCCAAUCGAUUCAGAGCAAUCUGAAUUCCGAAGUCUGAGAUCUGAGGUCUGAAAGGAAGGAUAUUUUAAGGAGCGCCGCGACUGUGGAGGGGCUUCGCUAUUGGUGGGUGGGUGGCGUCGCUAGUGCUAGUGCGUGCCACUUGGUGGCAAGGGGGCGUGGAACCACCGCAUCUGAUCGAAUCAUGAAGCAUUGUAAGAAAAAGUCCACCCCUUGCCGUCACCGAGUCCGCAUGGAAUGGAAUCCUUAGACUUUUCUCUGUUCUUCUCUGGUUCUCUGCUUCACAGCAAGUAUUUCCAUACACAAGGACAUGAUGGAAUUCGGCUAACUGCAGCAGAAGCACUGCAGCAACUGUGAUCCAGCUCGAGGGAUUACGCAGCAAUCAAAAUUUAAGAGCGGAACCGAACGCACAACCGCAGAAAGCACCCGGCAGGACAUACUCCAAUUCAAGUAUUCCAAUAGCAGUAUCAAAAGCGUAGUUAGAUUAGCGCCCAGUAGCCAUCAUCAUCAGAUCACCAUCUCAGACGCAGCGACGGCGGCUGCGAUACCGAGACCCUAGCGGGUGACGCGGCCAUGGAACCUCCCGGUGGGGUGCCGCCCGACAAGGACCGACAGCUAGUGCUCAGAAACUCAGCCCAGUCGGCUCCCGGUUCCGUUCCCAUUGUCGUCGCCGCCCCGAAUGCCGGACACGGAACAACGUCGGCGGCUGCGAACCCUCAGCAGCAGUCCAGCAGUCAAUCCACGCACUUGCCACAGUCCAUUAAGCCGACGACACUGAGCCUGCAACCACAUGGAGGCGUGCAUGCCAUGGCCACGGCCACGGCCACGCAGCUGUCUCCCUCGGCCGCCGCGAACAACAAUGCGGCGGCAACGGCCGCAACGGCUACGAGCAGCGGGAGCGGGAACGCCAACAGCGGCAAUAGUCCUGCGCUGGCGUCCACCGCCACGGCCAUAUCCGCCACAACGCAGGCAGCGACCGCAUUUAGCGGCAGUUCCGUGGGCCACCAUCACUUGCAGCACCACCAGCAUCCGCACGCCCAUUCACAGCCCGCAACGCACCAACAACAACUGCUGCAUUCACUACCCCAUCAGCAGUCCCAGGCGGCGGCACCAGCCACGGCGCCAGCAGCGGCACCAGCAACGGCAACGGCAACGGCAACGGCGACACACCACCACCAUCACAGCUCCAUCUCCGGGCCUGGUGGUUCGGGCAGUGGAGGACUGCUUGCAGGUGCGGGCAGUGGCUCCGGAAGUGGCAACCCACAGCAAACCAUUGAGAAGCUCUCCCGACCAAUGGCCUUCGACAAGAUGGAGGUGCUGGUGCGCGAGAUGCAGGAUCAAGAACAUGGUGUACCCGUGCGACAGCAGAAAAUGUUCCUUACAUCUAUACCAUACGCGUUUAUGGGAUACGAUCUGAUCGAAUGGCUUAUGGACCGAUUGCAAAUUGAGGAAUCGGAGGCCCUGAACAUUGCCAACCAGCUGUGUCUGCACGGGUACUUCUUUCCGGUGAACGACUCAAAGACGCUGACCGUGAAGGACGACUCAUCGCUGUACCGCUUCCAGACCCCCUAUUACUGGCCGUGGCAGCACAAGGCCCCGGAUAACGUGGAGUAUGCCAUAUAUUUGGCCAAGCGAUCGCUGCGCAAUAAACAGCGCCAUGCGCUCGAGGACUACGAGGCCGAGGCCUUGUCCUCACUGCACAAGAAUCUGAAGGGCAAAUGGGACUUUAUAUCGAUGCAGGCCGAGGAGCAGGUGCGCUUGGCCAAGGAGCGCAAGAAGGGGGACAAGAUUGUUGGAGACUCGCAGGAGCGGGCCUACUGGCGCGUACACCGUCCACCCCCCGGCCAGUUCACGCCCCUGGAGCCCUGUCCAGUGCCGUCGCGCGACCGCCAGGGCUUCAAACCCAACAAGAAAAAGACUGUCGACGAUGUACAGCGAGAGGUCGACUACUUGGGCAAGUCCCUGAACCGAACGCGAAUGAAGAUGUCGCAGGCCUGCGAGUCACUGGUCUGCUACUCGGAGACCUUCAGUGAAUACGACUUCUUUCUGCAGCCGGCGCUGCCCUCGAACCCCUGGGUCACCGAGGACAUUACCUUUUGGCAGCUGAACAACACCUUCGUGGACAUUCCCACUGAGAAACGAGUGAAGCGGUGGGCCAUUUCCAUCGAGGAGCUGGUCUCGGAUCCGACGGGUCUGCAGGAGUUCACGACCUUCCUCGAGAAGGAGUACUCGCACGAGAACAUUCGUUUCUGGAUUGCUGUCAACCGCUUGCGUCGAUCCGCCCACUCCCAGGUGGCACGGAAGGUCAACGAGAUCUACGAGGAAUUUCUGAAGCCUGGAGCACCCUGCGAGAUAAACAUCGAUGGAAAAACGAUGGAAAGUGUGCUUCGCGGUCUCAAGAACCCAUCGCGCUUCACCUUCGACUCGGCCUCAGAGCACAUUUACAUGUUGCUACUGAAAAAGGACUGCUACCCUCGCUUUAUACGAUCGGAGCACUACAAGCGUUUGCUGGACACUGGCAUUCAGCCCUCGUACAAGAAGCGUUUCUUCAAUUUCGGAGGCGUCAGCGGAGCCAAGAAGAAGAUGACAGCUGCCCUGUCCAGUCAGCCGAACCUGGGGGAUGCGGGGGGGUCGAAGGGGUCCAGCAGUGCGGCAGGCGGCACGGGCUCCAUGAUGCAGGCACCGCCACCCGGCAGCCUGGCACGGCGUCGUGGCAGCGACCGCAGUCUGACGGGCUCAGCGCAUGAGCUGGCCGUCAUUGGGGUGAACAAGGAGGCAGGUUCCAAGGUACCGCACUCCCAUUCCCAGAGCAAUCUCAGCGAGAUUCCUUUUAGCGAUUCUAUUUAUCGAGGCGAUAUGCCGCAGCCCCAUCGCCACACGGCGAUCAUGGAUGUUGGGAUCUAUGCUGCUUACGGCGGGAAUCGCGAAAGUAGUUUGCAGGCACUCCCAGAAAACCCAAAGACGAAGUCCACCUGUCUCGACACGUUGGAGUCCACCACAGCAUUAGCUGGCAACUGUAGCGCCGUUUGUCCCUGGGACGAGCCGGUGGCCAUACUUCCAGCAGCUCAGGUGAAGCUCUCUGUGUGUCCCUGGGAGCAGGAUACUGUGACAGAUCCAGCGCCGGCGCCGGCAACGGCAACGGCGCCGGCAACGGCAAAGGCAACGGCGCCGGCAACGGCAAAGGCACCGGCGUCAGCUCCGGUUGCGGUACUGUCCAAGCAGACGGCUGUCAUCGUACAGCCACUACGAUUGACAAGCACUUCGUCGGACAGCAGUGAUGUGGCUGAUCGCCUGCAGCGAAAUCUAGGCAUUCGACACCAAAACACCGUCGACAGUGGAGAAACGAGCAUCAAACGUCUGACUCCCAACUUUACGGAACAGCGUCGGGCAUCCGUAUCCUUCACUCCAAGCCGCAGCUCCGACUACCAGUUUGGACGCACCGCCGGUGCAUGUCCGUCUACCACAUCCACCACGCCCACCGUAGGAACCCAAAGCGCAGGUGUGGCCAGCAGUAAUCUCACGCCACUGCAGGCUAGGAGUGCCGUCUUUGGAGGUGCCAGUGGCGGCAGCAGCUUCGUUGCAGUUGCAGUUGCCGCCAAGGAUCAGCAGCCACUGACUGGCUCGGAUGUGGAAACCGAAGUGGAGGAAGAACUAAACAAGCUGUCACAAGAGUCGUCGGCAUCGGAGUUGCCUGUGCUUGUGACUCCCACACCCACACAGACCCCGCCGCUCAUAGCAAAGGUCACGCCACCGCCCGAGGAGUACCUCCCCAUCCAAGCAGAUUCGAUGGCAAAUUGCUUGCAACAGCAGCAACUCGUUGAGAGCUGCGUGACACACGGGAAAGACGUGACUGUGGUAAAAGAGGUACAGAUCGAACUGAUCGAGUCGCGUGCCUACGAAAAAGAUCUGGCCACCACGACGCCCACCAUUAAGGUUCUGGAGCUAGUUGCAACUACUCCAGGCUCUAAUAUCCGCUUACCCUCGGGCCAGAGUCAAGAAGCACUAACAACAACCACCGAGGAUGCCGCAUUGGCCGACGACGACGAAACGGAGCAAGCAGCCCCAGACCAGGCGCAGGUACCCCUGUCCGAAGUGUCAGAGGCUUUACAAGAUGAGCUUUCACCCACCACCGAUGAGUACCAAGAAGGACUGCAGUUUGGCGGCAACGACACCAAGGACGUGGUCGAUGACUUUGACAGCAUAGAUAGCGACAUACAGCUCGGCUACAUACCGCCUGCUCCCACCCCUGCUCCAUCCAUGGCGCCCCUGGCUGAGUUGGACGUAGACACGAUGGUGGACGAUGAUCCAGCGGACGAGCCUGCCAGCAGUACAGAGCGUCCGGCAGUGGCAGUGGCAGUGGCAGCAGCGGUAGCUCCCACGGCAACAGCAACAGCAACUCCGACAUCCAGCAAUGACGAGGCACGCAAGCGCCGCAAGAAACGAAACUCUGAUGGGAAAAAGCACAGCUCGCAGGAGGACAAGGAUAAGGAUGGUGGAAAAGAUGGAAGCGGAAGUGGCGGCGGCGGCGUCGUCGAUCCGGAACACAAUGCGGUGUGCCCCUGGGAAGACGAGAACGUGAGCACUAGCGAUGGAACCUUCGUGAAGACAUAUGCCACAUUGGGCUACUUAUGAAUAAAACCAAAUCUGUUCAAGACGGUGGUCAACAAGUUGCUGAAAAGGAAGCCGCACAAGCAAAAGUAGGGCCUGGGAUAGUGUUUUAGCUUACUAACUAACUUAUAAAUAGUACAUAUAUGUAUACAAUAUGCAUAUAUAUGUAUGUAUGUGUGUUCUAUAUGUAUGUACGUAUUUGAUUCAUGAGUGUGUGUACAUGUAAUACGUAAUUGUUAAUUGCUUCGUGAGUUCAAGGGGCAGACAGUCACAGUUUCGUUGUUUAUUGCAGAAACUUCUUCAACAUACAGAAAACUGAAAUGAGAAACGUCUAUGAGCCCGUACCAGAUGUACUAUAUAUAUGUAUGAUCUUAGUGUAUAUGAAGGAACAUACUCUUAUUGUACAAAAAUUACAAAUUCUAUACUAUGUACUCUCUUAACAAAUUAAAAAUGAUAAAUGAAAAGCAGCGUGAUGGCAACAGAGAAACCGAAAGCAUCUAUAAAUCUAGAAAUAUGUAUUUAAAAUCAAAUAAUCCUCCUCCAAUCAUAAUUGGCAUGUUUUGUGGUGAUCAACUGGAAAACUGAAGAAUAGACAACAAAAACGAGAGAGAAUACCAAUACAAGGAUUGUAGACUCGGCAACAAAACAGAUAGAUCUGUAAUUCAUUCAUGAACCUACAAUGCAAUAUACACAUAAAUGGAGUUGGAAUAACUGAAUCCCUAUGAUUAAUAAACAAUUGACAAGCCUAUUUGGGGAUCUACAAAGAACAAAAGGACAUCCCGCAUGUAACUCCCAUGGAAAUCGUAAGCAUUGUUUGAGCGUAGUGCCUUUUGCGUAGAAGUACACACCGAUCGUUUAAUUUUGGGUUAUCCAUCAAGACCUACGGCUUACAGACCGUCGUAGACAUAGACAGUGAACUGAAUUCAAACAAUAAAAUUAUAUUUUGUGUGUCAAUCGUUUGGUUGUUCAAUAAGUUCAAUAAGAGUUCAAAAUUGCACAAGUUAAUUCGUAAAAUCGCAUAUAUGUAGAUACAUAUGUAUUGUUUCAUUUCACGUGUGCAUGCAACACACUCACGAGCCCCCAGGGUGCAGGGUGCAGUGCAACACAAGCAGCAAACCGCCAAAUCACAACUUUUACCAUGCGUCUAGUAGGAGUAUUAGGUGCUGCCUGUCCGCCCAAAACAAAAACAAUCACAGUAAACGAGCUACGCUGCAUACCAUACACCGUACACACCGUACUAUGCCAUAUCUACAGUGAAUCUUCAACAUGUCGGAAAUUUCUUUCGCCAAUACAAACACACACAAACCAUGAAUGUGUUGAUCAAUAUAAUCAAAUAAAAAUGAAAUCCUGGUUGUUCGCGGCUAAUACCUUUAUAUAGAUCGAUCGAAACAGAAGAAAAUCACAAGUAAACCUAAAGGGAAAAACUAUUAAAAUCUAAGUAUAUUUCUACUUUCAUUUCGGUGUGCACUGUGCAUUGUGCCCUGUGCAUUAGCUACUAUAUGUAUUUACUGUACUGUACUGUCGAAAACCGCUUGCUGGUAAACAAUCUUUGUAUAAAAUAUCUAAUAUCUGAGCUAAUCUAUGCGUGAAUUUUCAAGUUACUUCAAUUAAAUUAAAACUAAAACACUCAGAAAAAACACUACAAAAAGGAACACAACACAGAGUUACAUUUAGAAAAAUAAUUAGAUAAUAAUGUUGCGUAUUUGUUGGAUUUUUUGGAAUGAAUGCAAAUAAAAAACUAUAAAAAAUUAUGUAUAGAAAUAAAUAAAAUAAAGUAAAGGCAAAAGGUCUGUGCCGUGCGUACAAAAAAAAAGAUGUGUACAUGAAACCACCGUUAACUUUGCUUAUGCGAGCCGAGCAAUUAAAAAAAGUUAAAAAAGAAAAACCAAAACCAAAACAAAAACUAAAACUAUAAAACGAUCAAAUUCUGCUGCAGCAAUAGUUGGAAUGUUGUUGUCGAAUAUACAUAAUCCGUGUACUAGUGAAAGCAGCUUCGUAGAACAACACAAAAAACACACGCAAAAGUUGUAGUCAGUGCGGAGGUAAUAUUGUAUUGUUGUUGUUUUUUAUGUAUGUAAUUGUACUUUUUUUUGUAAUACGAUUGUUGUAAGAAAAGAAAAUUAUGCCAAAAAGAAAACAAAAUAAAUAGUUAAUUAAGGAGUUUACAAGCAACAUUUAAAUACAGAGCAGAGCAGAAAAGAGCAGAACAGAGAAGAACAGAAAAGAUAUGAAUUACUUUAAACCACAAAAACAAAAUAGAAACAGAAAAACCAUAACAAAAAGUUCCGAAAGUUUUGAAAUAGUCGAUGGUACAUACAUAUGUUUAGUAUAUGUAUUUGUUUUAACUGCAUAUGUACUUAUGGUAUGCUUACAUAAACCUACAUAAAAUCAAAAUAAAACAACAAAAAAAACAAAACGAAUAACGAAUAAUAGUGUGCGGAGGCAGUCGAGACUUCACGACUUGAAUAUACCCGGUACUUGGUGAAAGUCAAGUAAUAAAUAUCUUCGAGACCAUCCGAAAUUAUCCGAUUAUCCAAAUCUUUAGUAGCAAAAAAAAUUACGACAAAAAUCAUAAAGCAACCGAAAAACGGACAAACGAACCAACAAAUGAAAUCUUUGAAGAGCUUAGAAGAGAAAAAUUGCACUCCAUCCAGGUACCGGGUAUAAAUGUUAUUUAACAAAAACAAAUGAAUGCAGCUCUUGGAGCAGCCACACAAAGCGCCAUUUUGAUAAAAAAAAAAAACAAAAAAGAAAA